ACGUAAAUGUACAUAUACGUACAUAACAUAACCAUACAUUUAUGUAUUGUCACAUACGCAAGAUAAUAUUUUGCGAAAAGAAAAACAGUUGCCGCGUCAACACGUCUCGCGUCGCACUGACACACGCACAACUCGCAGCAGGUAAUAUCAUAAAUACAAUCAGCAUCAGCACAACCGGUCGUCGAGUCUGCUCUCGCGCUUCGCAGCUCUCACUCGAGUUACAGAUGAAAAUUUGCAAUAAACAAAGCCCGAGGAUUUUUUUUUCGUUACGUCGUCGCCUUAGAACGUCCGCGCCGCUGUCAUCGAGAAUUUGAGUAACACCAUGACCGAGACUUCAGAAAGGAUCGCUGAACUACGCGAAAAGUUUUUCGAAAAACUUCGUGAAGAGGGACCACCGAGUGGACGAGAUUUCCAUCCAGCUGAUAUCAAUAGAGUCAAAACUGAUGAUUGGUUGAAGAGAUUUUUAGAUCACCACGAAAACAAUGUUACAGAAGCAUUGAAAAUGCUUUGGGAUACAUGUGAAUGGCGAAGAGAUUUUGGAACUAACGAUAUAACUGAAAAUAAUGUACGAAGAGACUAUUUGGAAGAUGGUGUUUGUUUUGGUUAUGGAAAAGAUAUAGAUGGGAAGAAAUUAUUUGUUAUUAAGUCGAAAUUACACACAAAAGGUUCAAGGGACUUUAAUGAACUGCAAAGAUGCAUCGUGUACUGGUUUGAAAGAUUAGAAAGAGAAGGCAAUGGAGACCAAAUAUCAUUAUUUUUUGACAUGAUUGAUUCUGGAAUAUCAAAUAUGGAUAUGGAAUUGACUAAAUAUCUGAUUGGUUUAUUUAAAAAUUACUAUCCUAAUUUCUUAAAUUACAUCAUUAUACUUGAAAUGCCAUGGGUCUUGAAUGCAGCUUUCAAUAUUAUUAAAACUUGGCUACCUGCUAAGGCUAUUCCAAAAAUAAAAAAUGUGAAAAGAAACACACUAGACAAUUUUGUUGAUCCUAAUGAUGCUUUAAAAUGCUGGGGUGGAAACAACGAUUUUGCAUUUAUAUUUCUACCUGAGAGACAAAUUGGAAUGUCAAACGGCAAAGGGGAUAAAAAUGUACACUUUAAUAGUAGCACGCCAGAUUCACCCAACUCUGAUUUUGGAGAUCAAUCAAAAAGGGAAAAAUUGUUGACUGUCGAGCCAGAUAUUUUAAUUUUCAAAAAAAUUGGCAGUGAAAUAACUGGUACAAUUACUUUAAAAAACAAUACUGCUGACAAAAGUGUAUCUUAUAAGAUUAAAACAACGUCUCCUGAAAAAUUCAAAGUUCGACCAUGUACAGGAACUCUGCCUUACUCUGAAACUACUGCAGUAACAAUAACCAUGCAACCUGGAUAUGAAACUCGUAAUCUUUUGCCUAAUGAUAAAUUUCUUAUUAUGUGCUUGCCAAUUAAAAAUUCUCAAAAGUUCACAAAUCAAGAAUUAAUUGAAUUCUGGAAGAGCUAUGGAAGUCAGGCUGAACAACAUAGAUUAAUGUGCAAAGAUGCUAAUGGAAGUCCAGAUGGCCUAAAAUCAAUUUUAGUAAACUCUGGUGCAUAUGGUGGUGAUCAAUCAUUAAAUUCAUUAUUUUCAAAGAUAUCUCGUUUGGAAGAACGUAAUGCAAAGAUUGAAAAUAACUUGAAUUCAGUAAAGCAUUUCCUUUUUGUUUCUGUAACCAUAAUAUUAUUACUCUUGGGAUGCAUUGUUUACCUUUUGACAAAUAAUUCCGAAUUUAAUUUCAAAAAUCUACGUUUAAAAAAUGUAACGGAUUCUGUUUUAAGUUACAAGGAAGAAUUCUAGUCUUGGAAAUUUUAAGUUUUAUGAAAAUAUAUUUAAUAUCGCACGUUAAUAGUUUUUUAUUCGCUCAUUGUUUAUUGGCAAGAAAAUUGUCUUUGUUAAACUGUUGAAGAAUUUUUAAAAUAAUUUUAUAAUAACGUUCAUAACACUUAAACAGAGAGCUUAAAAAUUUUGAAUAUUUCUAAUGUUAUAUUAAUAGCUAACGCACAUGAGGCACAUUUAACAAUGUUUAAUUUUUAUAUAAAAAAAUGUUGGUUACAACAACAAUUUUGAAUACACACAGUGAUCACAAUUUUUUUGUCUCACAACUGCCAUAAACUUUUGUAACAUUUAUGUACAAACUUGCACACUGGCGCUUUUGAUAAAAAGUCAGUUUGAAAAAUUAUAACUUUUAUACAGAUUGUAUUACGACGUAAAAUCUUUAGAUAAACAUUUUUUACUUUAAUACUUUAUAUUACCAAUAUUUUCGAAAUAACUCUUUACAUUCCUAUUUUCACAAAGAAAAAUUAUUGUAAAUAUUAAGGUAUAAGGGCUUUCAAAUUGGUAGGUUGGAUUGUUAGUGUUAAUCUUUAUAUCUUCUGUAAUGAGUACAAUUUAGAUAUGGAUUUAUCUGUGUACAAGUUUUUAUUUAUUUUGAUCAAUUAAUAAAUAAAACCUAGUUUUGAGGGAAAU